AUGAAAACGGUAAAUCUCAUUCCUUUGAUCUUUCUCGCAUUUGGGUUGUUGUUCUUCUCUUCUCCGGCAAUUGCUUCCUUCUCGGAGUUAGGAUACGCAACCACAACCGCUGUUUCCGAAUCUUCACCAGAGUCAAUCGGUGAAUACAGAGACGAAUCGGCUCCCAAAAUCAGUUACGAUCGGAUCGACGAAGUGAAGAAGAAGUGCAAAUCAGUCUUAUCCUCAGCUUCCGAAUUGAAACUCGACGAAAUCUCCAGAGAUCUCAGAAAAGCCAAGAAGAGACUCGGCUUCCGCUACGGUGACUGGAAUCAAGAUCCCGGCGAUUCUCCGAUCCUACCUUUCGAUUCGAUAAACUCUUCCUCGAAGCCCCUGAAUCUGGUUUCCUUCAAAGUCACAGAUCUAGAUCUCCCACACCGGACAAAGAAAUACAUCGGCGUCAAUGGCGUUCUGCUUCUCGCGAUCACAACCUUCAACGAACUCCCAAGCUUCAGAUCUUACGGGAGCCGCGAGUUCGAGCUCUGGCCGAGUCACACUCAGCUCAAAAUCUCUUUCCAAGGAAUCUACUUCGAGAACGAUGAUAAAGAGAGAGUCUUGUGUAUGCUCGGUGAAACAAUGUUACCUUCUCGUGAAUCCGAUUCAUCUCCAUGGAAAUGGGUUAAAGAUCACGAACCUCCUCCGCUUCUCCAAGACGAUCAGAUUCUCCUUCUUCUCCGUAACCCGAAACGCUUCACACUGACGAACAGAGUAAUCAAAGGAGAGCUCAAAAGCCUAAACCAGAGCCCAAACUUCAAGUUCUUCGACAAAGUCAGUCUCUUUUCUCAGUUAGGUAAAUCAGUUAGCUACGAUUUCGUCUCUAACGACUUGGUAUCAAAGGCUUGUGAUCCAUAUCCUUAUAAAAACGAAACCUUUAUCAGUAAUAGUGGUAGUGUUGAUGUCUACAAAAGCAAACGGUUUUGUGAUCUUCUUCAACGUGUCACUUCCAGAGCGGCGCUCACCGUUGUUCCCAACUGGAAAUGCAACGGCACCGACGAAUUCUGCAGCAAGUUGGGACCUUUCGCCUCCGACGGAGACAUCAAGUCGACGGACGGUAGCUUCAAAGACGUCAAGCUCUACAUGCAGAACGUGCACUGCCAAGAAACCGACGCGACCACCACGAGAGUCUCUGCGGUUUUCCGCGCCGUUCACCCGAGUGAGAACCUUUACAUCUCGGGGAUGAGAACAGGGCUGAGCAACAUGACCGUUACAGCUGAAGGGAUUUGGAAACCGUCGAGCGGGCAGUUAUGUAUGGUUGGUUGCAGGCGUGGGGAAGCAAACGCCUGCAACGCUCGCGUCUGUUUGUAUAUUCCGACGUCGUUUUCGAUGCGGCAACGGAGCAUACUCGUCGGGACUUUCUCGUCUUUGAAUACAGAGGAGAGUUUGAAUUUCUUCCCUUUGUCGUUUGAGAAGCUUGUGGAGCCGAUGGAUAUGCAGAACUACUUCCAGUCUACUCUCUUGCAUCCGUUUUAUUCUUACUCCAAGCUGAGUGAAGCUGGAGUGAUUCUUGAGAAGAAUCAAGAGUUCUCUUUCGGUACCGUGAUCAAGAAGUCAGUACUGCGGUUUCCGAAGCUGGAAGACUCGGAUGAUUACCUUUCGAGCCUCUCUCUUCUCGCUGAGGACUUGACUUUCCACACCCCUGCUUUCACCGGUAAGCGAAGAGGCUCAGGGACUAAUCUCGGUAUGGAUGUGCUUUCUCUCGGAUCUUUAUUCGGACUUUUCUGGCGAACUUCGAAUGCUACGACUGUGGAACAGAGCGGUCCUUACAGGACUAGAGCUCAGUACACUGAGAAGCAGCUUCUUCUGAAUGUGUCAGCUCAAAUCUCGCUUACAGGGGAAGCGUUUGGUAACUUCUCUGUGAUCUACUUGGAAGGUCUUUACGACGAGCACGUUGGGAGGAUGUAUCUCGCUGGAUGCAGAGACGUGAGGGCUUCUUGGAAGGUCUUGUUUGAGAGCGCUGAUCUUGAGUCAGGGCUUGAUUGUUUGAUCGACGUUGUGGUUUCUUAUCCACCUACCAAGUCACGGUGGUUAGCGGAUCCGACUGCGAAAGUCUCGGUAUCUAGUAGAAGACCGGACGAUGAUCCUCUUUAUUUUAGCCCGGUUAAGCUCGAGACGACUCCGAUCUUUUACCGGAGGCAGCGUGAGGACAUUCUCUCUCGUGCAGGCGUUGAAGGGAUCCUUAGGGUUCUCACUCUUACCUUCUCUAUCGGUUGCAUCACGAGCCAGGUUUUUUAUGUUAGCAGUGUUACCGAUUCGCUUCCUUUUGUUUCGCUUGUGAUGCUUGGAGUCCAAGCUCUUGGUUAUAGCUUGCCGUUGAUCACCGGAGCAGAAGCUCUGUUUAAAAGGAAAGCAGCUUCAGCGGCAGCGAGUUACGAAACGCCGUCGUAUGAUCUACAGAGAAGUCAGUGGUUUAAUGUGAUUGAUUACACUGUGAAGCUUCUUGUGAUGGUCUGCUUUCUACUGACUCUAAGGCUUUGUCAGAAAGUGUGGAAGUCACGUGCGAGAUUGGUCGCUCGAACGACGACUCAAGAACCGCGUAAAGUUCCAAGUGACCGUCGUGUGCUUCUCAGAGCUGUGAUCUUGCAUGCAUUAGGUUACGUUCUUGCUUUGAUUUUACAUCCGGCAAGAACAGAGAGAUUUAAUGAAGCUUUUGGAGGUUAUGCACCUGCUGCUGCGAAUUGGUGGCAAACCGAAACAGAGGAGUAUAUUGGUUUGGUUCAAGAUUUCUUCUUGCUGCCUCAGGUGAUUGCUAACUUUAUGUGGCAGAUUGAUUCAAUGCAGCCACUGAGGAAGCUGUAUUACUUGGGGAUCACGCUAGUGAGGCUUUUCCCUCACGUCUACGACUACAUGAUCGGCUCUGUUCCUGAUCCUUACUUCAUUGGAGAAGAACACGAGUUUGUCAAUCCGAAUCUCGAUUUCUUCUCCAAGUUUGGGGACGUCGCGAUACCUGUUACCGCGAUUCUGCUUGCGGUUGUUGUGUUUGUUCAGCAGAGAUGGGACUAUGACAAGCUUUCUCAAGCUUUAGCAUUUGGACGGUUUAGGAUUCUUCCUUCUCGUUCUGUUAAGUACGAGAGAGUUAUGUCUCAACCCAUAGAAUCUGAAAUGGUUUCUGGAGUCUCAAAUCGGCGUGAUGAUGAAGAAUGA